CUUCGCUUCGCAAUGCUCAACACCGGCCUCUGACGAUGAUGCUCCACCACGGUCUUUUGCAGGACCAGCCUCCGCCCUCGAUCGAGGUCCUCAUCUCAUGGCUCCGAGAGCGCGGUGUCCAGCUAUCGGAUGGCGUGGCCAUCACGCCCAUGCACGACGGGACAGGCUGGCGUCUAGUCGCGACAAGGGACCUCGCGCCCGUCGAAUCUAUCGUCAAGAUUCCAAAGACUGCGCUCCUUUCCACGCGCACAUCCUCGCUUCCCCCACUCCCAUCCACAACCGAGAGCGUCGCGACCACCUCCCAUACGAUCCUCGGCCUUGCGCUCGCCCUACUCCACGAGCUGCGCCUUGGCCCUGACUCCAUGUUCUGGGGGUAUACGCAGUCGCUUCCACGCGCCACCGUCCCCGUGCCUCCACUGUGGCCACUCCAUGCCGGGCCAUCCGCGGCGGCAGCCUCGGCUUGGCUCCAGGGCACCGAGGCGGAGAGGGACUUGCGCCGCCGGCAGCUUGAGGGUAUCGGACUCGACUCGAUGCGCCAGUUCUACGCUGCAACCGCAGCGCACCUCCCUCCGACCAGUCUACAUCCUGAGCCGUCGAGCUUCGAGGCGUUUGCGCACGCCUACUCCCUCGUGUCGACCCGCGCCUUUCUCAUCGACCUGUACCACCUUGUCGCGUUAUGCCCAUUUGCAGACAUCCUCAACCACAGCGCGGCGAACCACACCUCGCUGGCGGUCGACGACUUUGUGUGUCAUCGCUGCGGGAGUCUUCCGGUGUGCGAGCACGGCGGGUCCAACCCGGAGCGCCUCGCGCACUUGGGUGAGCGCGAGCGCGCGCGACUCUCAGAUCCGGACACGGUGGACAUGUACGUCGAGAUGCCCGCCGCCGCGGGGGAGGAAGUGAUGAACACGUACGGCGACAACCUGACCGAGUCGCGCCUGCUGGUCGAGUGGGGCUUUGUGCCGUCCGAAGACGACGCAGCGGACGCGCUCGCUGCCGAAGCCGCGACAUGGGAGGUGGAGGAGCUCCUCUCCCCUGAGGUGCCCGGGGUGACGGAGGUCGAGGUUGUAGCUGCGGCCGAGGCCGCCACGCGCAACCUCUCGCAAAGCGACGACGCGCUCCUUUGCGCCCCCUCGCGCGGCGUCUACCACCUCAACCAGGCGGGGCAGGUGAGCCUGCGCCUCUUCGCGGCGCUAUAUGCGCGCCACGCGCCGCUCCGCUUCCUCCCCGGCGAUGUCUCGUGUCUCGAAGAAGCAUGGGAGCAGGUCCAAGACGGCGCGGAACACGUCCCUCUGCCAACACAUGUCGCUGCCGUUGCGGAGUACUUGUGCGGCCUCGUCCGCGCCCGGCUGCGCGGCAUGCAUCGCCCCGAGAUGGAGGUGGGCGAGAUGUUCGACCUCCGAGAUACGCUGGAGGGGCUGGAGUACAUGGCCUUGACGGUGGCGAUUAAUGAGCGCGCGCUGCUGCGGUCCGUUGUUGGGCGGUGGGAGGCGUUGUUAGCCGCGGGGAUACAGGCGUAGAGGGGUGGGGUGAGGAAGGUUGAUUAGACAGCAUCCACUCGGCACUCAUGUUCUUAUAAUGUCACACGACUCUCAAUCAUUCUUACUCCACCAUCGUCUUCAGAAGGGUGUAGUCGAAGAACAGCGCCGAACACUCCGUGUUCACGGGCAUGGGGCCAUGAGCCGGCGGCCGCAGCAGGCCUGCCGCCGGCCUUCCGCUCGGGCCCCGGAGGCAGGUCCUUGAUUGGGCGCAGGUCCGUCGUUCGAUAGCCGCGAGGCAUACGCGGAGCGUCAAGUUGUCGCCGAACUAGCGGACGAGUUGUACAAGGCAAGCUCGUCGCCGUACUGCAUGGCGGCAACGAGGCGAUGCGUCGCGUGAUCGAGAUGUGCUGCGCGUUGU